AUGCUGCUGCUUCCAGCACUGAUCACUUUUGCUCUGGGAACAUCCCUGUUGAAAACAUCCACUGCAAAUCCAAACCAGAGUGUUCAAAAAUGGGAUCUAAGUGCAUGUGCAGUAGUUGUAUGUGGACCUGCUCAGAACGGAUUACCAGGCAGAGAUGGAAGAGAUGGGAAAGAAGGCCCUAAAGGAGAAAAGGGAAGUCAAGGAUUACAGGGAUUAAAAGGGUCACAAGGUCCCCCAGGAAAGAUGGGCCCUGCUGGACAAGUCGGAGGAAAGGGCUCACCAGGAGAAAAAGGCACAAAAGGAGAUACUGGAGAUAGAGGAUUACAAGGAGUCCCAGGUUUGAAGGGUAACCCAGGCAAUGCGGGCCCUUCUGGGCCAAAAGGGGAUAAAGGUUCACCAGGUGAAAAAGGAGUAAAAGGGGAGAGAGGCCUGCCAGGAACUACAGGUUCGCAGGGCCAGCCAGGAAUCGCAGGCUCCCCUGGGCCAAAAGGGGACAAAGGUUCAGUAGGUGAAAAGGGAGCAAAAGGAGACAAAGGAGACAGAGGGUUACAAGGAAGCUCAGGUUUACAGGGCCCCAAAGGGCAAAUUGGUUCUCCUGGGCUAAAAGGUGAUAAAGGUUCAGUAGGUGAAAAAGGAACAAAGGGAGACAGUGGACUCUCAGAGAUCAAUCUCCUUAAAAGACAAGUAAGUACUUUGGAAGGGCAGCUGAGAGCUCUGCAAAGCAGCUUCUCCAAGUACAAACAAG